AUGAGUUACUUCCGUGUCACCCUACUCCGAUCGGCAAUCGGUCUUCCUCGCCGCACAACAGAUGUCCUCAAGGCGCUCGGCCUGAAGAAGCGUAUGGCUACUGUCUUCCACCCCGUGUCUCAAUCUUCUGCGGGUCAGAUCAUGAAGGUCAAGGAACUUGUCGAAGUGAGAGAGGUGGACAGCUAUAUGAGCAAGCACGAGGUUUGGCUCGAGCGCAAACCCGAUCCCGGAUACUACGUUGAGAAGACCUGUGCACAGGAACGGGGCGAGGCUACCCAGUAG